UAUGAUUUCUCCGCGAGGUACCACAGCACCGAGCUCACGCAACGGAGGAGGAACAUUAAACACAGAGUCCCAAACACGGGAUAGACGGGGUCCAAUACCGAGACCUGUUCGAACCGCACUCCGCCACUGGAUACCUACACCGGUACCGAGAGGGAAAAACGACGUUUUUAGAGCGUUCGCUUUUGCUAUUUAUUGUUUAAACGUGAGGAAUUAAAUAAGUUGGUUAACUGGGAAGUUUGCUUCUCUCAGCAGCACCGACCUAAACCAUACUCACCGACUUACCUGCCUCAAACGCGCAUUUCUUCUCCAACAGAAGAGCGUUUUUUUGUUUUUAUCACACAUUGGUUUUUGUCUCCUUUUGGUGCCUCAGGGACACGGAGAACCUCCUAACUUUUCUAAGAACAAUAGUAAGGUCUAUCCCGGUAGUUUUUCUGACACAAAGGAGCACAGACAGUACCAGAGAAAGCAUCUCGAAGAGUCGGACAGACGGGAGAAGUAGAUGUAUUGUCGGCCAUGGAUGUAACAGUUUACCCGCCUCCUCCUCAGCCUCUGGCCGCUACAGACCACAGCAGGCUGGGGCAGCUCUCCUACCCCGACCCGGCCUUUGGGACCAACAAGCUGGAUGGGGACACCAUGUUCCUGGGUGUGCAAGACGCAGGCCUUGACUUUCCCUCAACCAAUCAGUUCCGUGUGCCACAGCCCCCCCACCCUCUCAACAAGGUGACGCCACACAACCAGCCGGCACAGCACUGGAGGAGAGACGCACACAUGGGAGACUCACAGCGUCUGCCAUGGUCGUACUCAGUUGGUGGUUUGGGUGAUGAGGACUUCAACAUCCCACCCAUCACUCCCCCGACCCUGCCAGACCACAUGCUGCCCCCACAUCUCCCCCAUGGUUCCCCCUCUGGACCUUACCAUCCUCUGGACCCUCCCUCCAGCUCUGGUCCACACCACCCCUACCAGCUGCAGGGCAUGGAUCACCCUGGCAUGCCUGGUAGCCAAGAUAGAUCCAUGUUAAACCAAGAUGGCGGCUCAUUUGGUCCGAGUGGAGGUCCAAUGACCAGUACUCUGUCUGUGAUGCAGCAGAUGGUGAACUCUGACUCUCGGUUUACCAGCAGCCAGCAGCCAAUCGACGCAGCACUUGGACCCAGGAGCCAAUCAGGCAUGAGCCAGCAGAGUCAGUUGUCCACCAUCAACCAAUCACAGCUGGGGCAUGGAAGGAACUAUAUUGCCCACAAUUCCCCUUCACCUCCUGGAAGUAAAUCUGCUACACCAUCUCCCUCCAGCUCAGCACACGAGGACGACAAUGAUGACGGACUCAGGCUGGGCAGUGUAGCAGAGAAGAGACCAGCGUCUGUAGACAUCACUAAGAAAGCCAAAACACCAAAGAAGAAGAAGCGAAAGGACCCUAACGAGCCAGUGAAGCCGGUGUCUGCCUACGCCUUAUUCUUCAGGGACACCCAGGCCAACAUCAAGGCCCAGAACCCAAACGCCACCUUUGGCGAGGUGUCAAAGAUCGUGGCCUCCAUGUGGGAUGGACUGGGAGAGGAACAGAAACAGUUGUACAAGAAAAGGACAGAGACGGCUAAGAAGGAGUACCUGAAGCAACUGGCUGCAUACAGAGCUAGCCUGGUUUCACAGAGUUACAAUGACCCCUCUGAAAUGAAGCCGUCCCACUCUCCCUCCACAUCUUCCUCUUCUACCUCAAUGUUCACACCCAAACCUUCAGUCUACCCCGGCCACCCAAGCCACCACCCUUCCUCCAGUCCACUCGCCCAUUCCCACCCUCACCCUCACUCUCUCCCUCCCCAUCAGCACCCGGGCAUGUACAUGUCUUACCCUCACCCGUCUCACCCUUCCCACGCCUCCAGCCCCGGCCCCCACCUGCCCCGGCCCCACACUCAGAUCCACCCUCAGCUCCAGGCUCUGUCCUCCAGGGGGAUGGUUCCACGGCCCAGCGUCCCCCACCAGGGAGCUCUGUCCCUGGGCAACAUGGCAGCGGCGUCCAGCCCUCCUCUCCAAGUCAGCCCUCCUCUCCACAGCCAGGCGCACCUGGGGGGGCUGCACAGUCCACACCAUCAGCAUCAGCAGCUAUCUGGACACUCACUGGGGAUGACCCAUUCACCUGCCAUCUCCCAGGGUUACCACCAGUCUGACUAUCAGCCAAUGGGUGGAGGUAUGCUAAAUGGUGGUGCAGUGAUGUCAUCAUCAGUGGACUACCACCAGAUGGGUCGACACACACCAAACCACCACCCCUCUCUGGACUGGAGCACUGAUUACCAUGGCAACGGAGGUCUUCAGAGAGACAAACAUCUGUAUCUGAGCUAAUCUCAAGACAAAGUGACACCAAACUACAACCAUGCCCUUCUACUGCCACACCAAGGAAACCUCUAAUCUCAUCUCCACAUGAAGCCCAGACCAGCCUCCUGCAACCUGAUCCCACAGAGGACUGAGUGGACUCAUCAAAACCACUUAAGCGUGCACUUAGGUGCUUAGCACUUCAUACUUAAGGCCAAACAGUAGAAAAAUCAGCUCAUUACCAGUCCGUCUCUAAAGGGACAACUGUGAUCAGAACAUGAGGAAGUACUUAUGUUCAGAUCCCUACAUCCUCACGGCUGGUCUGAUGACCGGUAUUACUUAUUUAUAGUCUUAAGUGCUAUGAUUCAAAUUGAAAAUGUGUGUGUACAAGGAGAGGUGGGGCGGGUCCUGUGCUGUGAACCAUGAUUAUAGGUGUUUAUGAUCAGAAAAUAUAUUCUAGUCUAGUUUUCUGUCUGCCCUUAAAGUUUACACCUAGCUCCUGAAAAUGUAAAGAUGGUGUUCAGCGUCAGUCCCAAAAGGCUCCGCAGAGCAAGUGUAAAUCCUGUAACAUAAAUGUUUGAGCUGUCUAUUAAAGCCAAUUGAUUUUGAACCUCCUAGUCGCUGUGUACAGCCAUAGUGAAGAGAACUCACAGCUCAUGAACAGACGGUUUGUAACCAAAUACUACCAAUCGUGUUUCUCACUGGCGUCGAUGCCGUGUGGACAGGGUCCGAAAUGAACACCCGCCAAGCGCCAAAUGCGGGUAGUUUUUUCGUUUGGAGAGUACAUUUCACUGCUGCCUACAAAUAAUACAUAAAAAAAAAAAAAAAGGCCAGCAAUUUACAAUUUCUCAAUUUCCUGAUCUGAUGAAAUGAUCGAAUCUGUGACUUAAAUCUGUUAUUGAUUAAACAGGACAUAAUGCCUUCUCAAUUAAAUGCACUGUAACACAUGCGUAUAGGACACAAAAACACAAUUUGUCAUUUUGGCCGGUAAAAAAAUAUGUUUGGCCGGUGAAUUUUUUUCAUCUACCUGCCUUCUUGGCCGGUGAGUCAAAAAGUUAAUUUCGGACCCUGCGUGCGACUCGCUGUCAGUAGAGACAGAAAUCAUAUUUGUGAUUCUGAUCAGCAAAAAAAAGAAUUCACACUGCUUUAUUGAGCUGAAGACAAACAGGAGGAAGAGGUGGAGCAGCACCUGAAGCUGUUUGUUUGUUAACCCAGCGCUGACCGUGAAUAAUCGUGUACGAUUAAAGAGCUGUCCUCGUUCUCAGAUCUGCCUGGUAGGAAUCCGAUGUAUUUUAGUCCUUGAAAUGAUGAAAUGUCAAACAAUUCUUUGUUGGAAAAAAAAAAAAGAAACAAAAAUACUUCUUUGUAAGAUGACAGCCUGCUCCUCCUGGCAUAUGUCUGCUGAUGAUAUUGAUUCUGAUCCAGACUGCGUGAGUGUGUGUGAGAGUGUGUGAAGUGUUAAUGAGAAGAGAGAGAGAGUGUUUUUGAUUGGUCUGCAUGGUCUCUUUUGUCAUCUCUUUUUCUCUGUGUACAGAGGCUAUUUAAACAAAAAAAAACUAUAACUGUUGCUGGGUGGGCUGUUUUUAAUGUUGUUCUUUUACUCAAAUCAAGUUUUGUUUUUAGUGUUAAUUAUGAUGAAGAUAAUGAGAGACGUCUCUCUCUCGCCCUGUAUCUCUUUGUAUUAUUGUGUUUUUUGGCAGAUGAAAGGACUCUGGGCAACAACAACCAUGAAGAUUUUCUUAUUUUUAGAUUCUAAUAAUGUGUUUGAGAAUAAAGUCAGGGCUGCAUUGAUGUGCAGCCAUUACUCCCAAA